CAAAUCGAAUCGGUAUCUUUCCUUCGAGGGAUUUUUGUGUAAUUGUUGAGUUACUCCGAAAAGARCAAGAYAAAUUCUUACUACAAUGGCUGCUGCCGAUGUUCAAGUGCCCCAGCCUCAAGAAAAUGGCUUAGAAGCUCCAGAAAAAAAAUCUUUCACAAAUCGUUUGUACGAGUUACCAGUCGUUGUGGCYGCCAUCGAACAACUGGGUCAACUGUACGGAACGGUAAAAGAGAAAAAUAGUGUAACUAAAAUGGCCUGCAAUGCCGGAGAAAGCACUCUCUCYGURGCUGCUGCUGCCUCAAAGCCUUUGAUCCAAACGGCUACAAAUACGGCUUUGACACUCGCCAAGCCGGUAGUCGGCAAGAUUGAAGAUCCUGUUGCUAUUAUUGAUGGCGUUGCCUCUGAAACACUUGCMAAAGUUGAAGAGAAGUUCCCUAUCAUCCAUAAGACUCCAUCUGAGAUUGCAGAGAUCACCAAAACUGCAGUAACAUCCCGUGUUUAUGGAUACUAUGAGAAUGUUCAGAACAUGGGUGUCACCAAGAUGGUUACAGAAAGAGCUAACGACUUGGUGUCCUUUACUGAACUUGUAGCAGAAAUUGCCUUGCCAACCGAUGGAAAUUGUGAUGAAGACAUGAAAGAACUUGAGCUUGCUGACCAGGAUCGUGAGCAGGGACUUGUUGUGAGGGCCAAACACUUGGGAAGCAGAGUGACUAGGCGGGGAACCAGGAAACUCCUGACUUACAAACCUUUGAAGAUGACUGUUGAUGCUGUAAACUGUGCCAGCGAAAGACUUCAAGGAGCUGUUGAGAAGUCUUCUGAUACUGGAAGAAAAGUCUAUGAAGCUUACAUGUACUUCCCAAACACCGCUGUUAAAAUCUCAGGAGAAGUUAUUGUAUCAGCCAAAGAAUUCAUCUUCGCCUUCACCAACGCUCAUGACAUCAAAGACCUUCCUGCUGCUCUUCUGAACAUGACAAAGAAAGCCACUGAGCCUGUAUCCAAUGUCGCUGACCGUGCACUUGCAUAUGUCUUUGUCCCAAGUCAAGUCGUCACUGACUACGUCCUCUCGUCUCGACCAGUCCAGUGGAUUGUCCCACAAGUUCUCUCCAACGAAGAAAUCAGCAAUCUAGAAAUCAGCAUGGAGGAGAUUGAGGAUGAUGUUUCAGAUGCUGAAAAGCCCCAAUAAAACAUAAUAUAAUUAUAAUCAUAAGAAGGACUUAAUAUUAUUUUGUAUAAGAAAUAUUGAUAAGUAGAUUUAUACUAGCUUUUAUCCAUUAUUUCAUAUACAUUACAUUCAUUUCUAAAAACAAAAGAGCACUUUGGUUUGUCUAAUUAUCCUUAGAAUUAUUUUGCUUUGAUGAACAGUAAAUAUGGCAUUUACUAAGUUCCCAUAAUUUAUACACGUGAUUGACACAAGUUCUUGGAGGUUAUGUUAAGGUGUGAUUGAUCUCUGAUGCGUACUAAUCAAUACCGUAGUGUUAUACUUUUUUUACAUAGUUUUCUUAUGAAGAAAUUCUGCAAGUUAUGCUUUAGCAGUUACAGAUGUAGUUGUGCCUCUAAAACAAUGAAUAAAGUAAGCUUCAAGACAA